GAAAGGCGGAGCCGGAAGUGACGGCCGCGGCAGGUCCGGAAGUGGGGCCGCCGGCUGCAGAGGCCGAAGAUGGCGAAAGUCACCUUCAAGGUCACGCUCACUUCGGACCCGCGUUUGCCUUACAAAGUGUUAAGUGUACCUGAAAAAACACCUUUCACAGCCGUCUUGAAGUUUGCUGCAGAAGAAUUCAAAGUCCCUGCAGCUACAAGUGCCAUUAUAACAAAUGAUGGAAUAGGAAUAAACCCUGAUCAGACAGCUGGGAAUGUUUUCUUGAAGCACGGUUCAGAAUUGCGACUUAUUCCCAGAGAUCGUGUGGGGAGAUAUUGGCACAUGCAGGGUCCGCUUAUACUUAGAGAACGGAAGUAGCAGACAAAUUACACCAAUUGGCCUGAUGCCAUCCAGGAAUCCUGCAUUUCUCUAUAAAACCAUUGUUACCACAGUGAACUCAUGAUAAGAAUAGUAGUCAGAAUGUCCUUUUUGAACAAUACCUAGAGGAGAAUCUCAUCACCAUUCCCACCUCUGCCUGCCUUUUUUUGAAGUCUCCAGGCUCGUUUGCUUUUUGAGUUCCCCAGUUCACUUGGAGCUGACAUUGCUACCAAGGUCAGCCAGUAAACGGAUCUUAUGUUUUCUAUUCCUUUGAAAUGAAUAGGGAAGCAUUUUCUUUGUUUACCAGCAAUGGGGAGCUACUUCUAUAGCCAUAGCAAGGCAGUUUAAUACAUUGACAAAUGAUUAAUUUGGUUUAGAAAUGUAAUCAUGUAUUUGAGUAUUAUGAAAAGUAUGGUACAUACCUCCAAUGUUUGCUAAACGUUUGUGUAACUAUUAGGAACCCUUUAUUACAUUCCAAGAAAAAGGCCAUUUAAAUAGCAAGUUAUCACGGGGGGUGCUUAUAUGCUUAAAUUGUGUCAAUGUUGGUUCCUUGAAAUCAUGAGUUUUGUUAUCUAAUGUAUAGUUUCAGGAGAGAUGUUUUUAUGUGGAAAUGCAUUUUAUCAUAGAUAAUAAAUUAUAUUUCCGAGCCCUACUGAGCAAAAAACGUAAAGCCAGCCCACUAUUUCACGAGAGUUUUUAAAAUGCCAGAGAGGCUGUGGUGUGCCAGACUGGUUCCCACUAAUCUUCAGGCUUGGUUUAGAUUCAGAUUUAAACCUUUCAAUUGGUCCUUUUAUUUUUCAAAUUUUUGAUUAAAGUCUGUUAUAGAACUGCAUUCUAGCUAAGGGGGUUUAUAAUUAAUUGAAAGCCACGAGCAUGCUUAGAAUCUUUCACUCUAACAGAACUUGAUAAAUGUUUUGAUUGUGGAAGCAAAAUAAAGUCCAUCAGUAAUGAAA